AUGAUACAAACAUCAUUGGGCACAGCCAACAGCACAAAGGUCAAGAAGAACUUGGCGAGCUUGCCAGGAGUGACAGGGACGGGGACGUUCUUGGCUGAUGACGGGUUCUUUGGACAGUCUGACAAACAAGGGUGGCCGCCCAACUAUAAUAAGGAGAAAAAGACGGUGCCGGAGCCUGGACCUGAGGGACCUCUCCCAGUGAUACCAGGGGAUCUGGUCUACGUUCGAGUGUUUCGAAGGAAGUGGGAUCAGCCGAGGAGAGAAGGACCCUACGAGGUGGCCGCAGCCACAAAAACAGCAGUCCAGGUGAAAGGAAGCAAGACGUGGUACCAUCUAAACCACUGCACACGAGUCCCAACAGAGAAAAGGAUACAACCACAUAGAGAUGAGAACACAGAGGAUGCUGAUACACCAGGCGGGAGCCCGGAGGGAGCAGGAGCAGAGGAAACGAUCGAAACGCCAGGGAGGAGUCAAGAAAAUGGCAGACCAGAUACAAGCCAAGAUACGACGAGUGCAUCAACUAAAGCUCUCAGAAGAAGUACCAGGGGAAAAAAGUCUGAACAGGAAAGGGAAAAACAACCAAAGCUUCCUCAGGUAUGGUCAGAAAGCCCAGAAAUGGGGGGGAGUAACAUGCCUGUUGCUCCUGAUGACAUACCUGCUGUGGCAGACCUCUUUGACAGAAGCCCUCCACAGUGGGAUCCCGAAGUACCACUUGCAGAAUGGGAACAUCUCUUCCCUGAAAUUGAUACCCUUCCAGAUGAAAGCCCAGUCCGGCCUGAGGAGGGAGCCUCAGGGGAAGAAAGAGGAAGAGAAGCCUCACGAGAAAGGGAAGGGGAUUUCCCCACAAUUGACUUGUCAACUCUUGAAGGGUCCCCCUAACAAACAAUUGAAGUUAGAAUGGCAGAAAAAAGACAUUGACAUAGCAAAAGUAAUAAUGAAUACUAGUACAAAAAUAACAGACUCACACAUGAUCAAGAAGUAUGGUGGAAGCAGGAAAAGAAGAGAGGAAUCAGCCGAACAAUUAAAAAGGACUGACCAGGUUAGAAUCUCUGUUCCACCUCAACUCAUAACUGAAAUAGGAGAGCAGAAGACAAUCUCAAUCAAAAGGAUCAAGCCUCUACCUGAGAUUGCAUUCUGUGGAUGGACACAUCACCAAACAAAGGGAGAAGUCAUUUGGGACCCAAAAGGAUGUGACCUGACAGUAACCAAAGAAGCAGACGAGUGGGUGCUCACCAUGAAUCAGAUUGAACCAGUUGAAGGUGAAGAAUUAAUAGUUGAAAUAACAAGAACCAGAUGGACCGAAGGGAGUAGCACCACAGUCAUUAGAAUUGGUCCUACGCCAAUACCUAAACAGGAAGAGCCGGUGAUAACUAAAACGACAACAACAGUGGAAACUGCUGCAAGGAUUACAGCAGUUACUACCAAGGUAUCAUCCAUUGCCAUUAACAAACAGUCCAAUGUACCCACAAAGAAACCUGAGGCAUCAGAACCAGAAGGGUUUUUUACUGACAUUUGGAACUUUCUAAAAAACACUAACAAUCGGCCUCGAGAAAAGGACAAUGUGAAUUCAACUGAUGCUUUAACUUCAGAACUAUACAAGGACAAAUCAUUGAAGAAAUUAGUAGGAAAUGAAUGGUAUGAAUGGGCUCAAUAUACAGCAAUGAAAUUAAAAUUGACAAAUUGCUUACUAUGUGCACCCUCUCCGCUGACAGAAUUAGUGGUGGUACCAAGUCCUUAUGAUUACAAGGAUUGUGCUGAUUUUAAUAAGAACUUUUGUCAUUUGAGUAGACCAGAAAGGCCUUAUUGCCCAGCUGAAUGUUUGUCAUAUUUGGGUAAUCCAUAUUAUCAUCAGUAUUACAAUCAAACUGGUUGGGGUAAGUGGUGUAAAGAAUUGGAUAUAAGAAUGGAAGUACAGAAGCUAGAGGUCCCACAUAAAUAUCGGAUAGAUUAUCAACAAACAUAUGAAUGUUUUAACAGCACAAAAGGACAGAAUGGGAUAGGGAAGUUUAAAGGUAAGUGUGAGAUCACAUGGCACUUAACUACGGAUACCACAUGGAAUGCAGACACUCCAAGAAGGGCUACUUAUCAAGCAGCUGGAAGUUGGGUGGGAAAAGUAGUCAUUCAUGAUAGUUGUCAAAAUCAAACUCUAGCACUACCCUUAAUUGCACCGUAUGAAGAACAGACCAAGGUAGUUGCAGAUUUCUUCUGGAUAUGUGGGGGGAAUAGAUUAAGGG